AUGAGGAACCUAGUUCAAAAGUACCUCUGUAGGAAAACCAACUUCCCCCGUUUCUGCACGAAGAGGAACAUUUGCAACCUAAGUCAGAAGAAAAAUCUAUCUGCAUAUAAAAUAUACACAGACGGACUCAUCCACUCGGAAUUCUCAACCGAAUUAAAAACGACAAAUGAAGUGAACAAAAUACCUAUAUUCCGUAUACUAGAUACGGAAGGAAAUUUAUUAGAUGGUCAUAGUGCCCCCUUUGAAGAUGAAGAAAUAUUGAACCUAUACAAACAGAUGGUUGAAUUUUCAAUAUGGGAUGAAAUCUUUUAUGGUAUUCAAAGACAAGGUAGAAUUUCUUUUUACAUUGUAAAUGAUGGAGAAGAAGGGAUCCAAUUUGGGUUGGGAAAAGUCCUGACUCCAGAUGACCACCUAUAUUGUCAAUAUAGAGAAACAGGUAUUUUACUGUCUAGGGGAUUUGAUUACCCGGACAUAGUUAAUCAACUGUUUGGGAACAAAUAUGAUGAGGGGAAAGGAAGACAAAUGUGUAUUUGUUACACUACAUCUCAAUUAUCUCAUGCUGCUGGUUGUGGUUAUGCGUUGAAAUUGAAAAAUCAGAAAGCUGUUGCUGCUACGUUUUGUGGGGAUGGUUCUUCAUCGGAAGGAGAUUUUUAUGCCGCUUUAAAUUUUGCAGCUGUAAGAGAAUCGCAAACCAUGUUUAUUUGCAAAAAUAAUCUCUAUGCUAUAUCUACUUCUAUAAAAGAUCAGUACAGAGGUGAUGGUGUGGCUCCUAGGGCACUAGCUUUAGGUAUAGAAUCCGUUAGGGUGGAUGGAAAUGAUUUAUUUGCAACCUAUUUAGCUGCAAAAAAAAUGAGGGAAAUUUGCACCGAACAGUCUAAACCGGUCUUUAUGGAAUUUAUGGCCUACAGAUAUGGCCACCAUAGCACCUCAGAUGAUUCCACCCUAUACAGACCGAAGGAAGAAAAUGAUGCUUGGAAAAAGGAUGGGGUUCAUCCAAUAAGUAGACUAUUCCUUUACUUAAAGAAUAAAAAACUGUACACAGAUAAGGAUGAUGAACUGCACAGAAAAGCCGUCAAAGAAAAAGUCCUCAAGGAAUUGAAGAAACAUGAAAGCAUUAAAAGAUACAACAUUGUGGGUGGCCUCUUUGAAAAUGUGUACAAUGAGGAGGACUGGAAUUUAAAGGAGCAAAGGGAAAACUUUGAGCAGUUUUUCAAGCAGCAUAAAAGCUGCUACGACACGUCCAAGUUUGAAAGCUAG